AUGUUUUAUAUACCUGCUAUACUCGCUAAAAAAAUGGGACAGUUAUCUUUAAUUUGUUUGCUUUGUCCUGCUGUUUUCAGGCGAAUAGUGUUUGAUACUAAAUGGAAACCACCUCGAAGAGUGCUGUUAGGGAUUAACAUACAAGAAGCAUGUGAUAUGUUGCAUGACAAAAUUCCCAGUGGAGUGGGAGAAAUCAAAUUUUCCCUUUAUCUCCUUUCUCAGCUUACUUAUGGAAUUGUUCUUGUUGUGCACAAACAGGGUGAAUUGCUAUGUAGAGAUGUGCAAGCAUAUAUUCACACAAUUUCCCCUAGAGGAGAUGCGGAUAAAAACGAGAAGAAAAGACGAAGGAAACGAAAAUCAGAUUCCAUCAAUCUUACGGAACAGGAUUUUGUUAAAUUGUCUCCUACUUCUCUUGACGAAGAGCAUAUGGAUAUUGUAUUGCGUCAAAAUGCGUUUACUUUAAAUGAAGAUUUUCCUUCUCCUCAACUGGACAUGUAUACUGAUGAUUUUGGGCCGUUAACUGAACGGGAAUCUAGUGAAAUGGAAGCAGUGCUUAAAGGAAUAAAGGAAAUAAAGUUCGGAGAACCUGGAUAUGAAAAAGACGAUGUGGUUAUUGACAGUACUUCAUUUGCGAGUAAACGAGAACGAUUGAUAAGAAUAACGAAAAUGAUCACUGAAAAAAGAUUGAAAUCACUAAAUCGUGAUUCAGAACAUGAUGCAAAAACGGUUGAACCUUAUCAACUAGAUCAUCUCUCCUCUACUGAACUCAUUCUGAGCAGUAUGCAUAGCUUGGAAGAAUCAGUGCCAAGGAAAAAACGUCGCAAACAAGGGGUCAUAAUAGAUAAUAUAACUGAGAUGACCAAUGUUGAUUUCCAAGCUCAGUUAGAUUGUACUGCCGAUUUGUUAUGUACUCGUGAAGAGAUGAUUGUGCAAGUUGCAAAACAUAAAGUGGUAACACCGCAAGAUUUGUUCCAAAUACACCCAGUAACAUUACGAGAGCAUGCAAAAAGACAUCCAUCAAAUUUCCUUAGCUGCGACGGUAUGUGGAAUUAUGAGGAGCCUAUGAAACUUCGCUUUAGAGAAGCAAUGAAAUUGGGACCGCAGGAAGCACCACAUGUGGGAAGUGUCUCAGAAAGCAUAAAACGUGCUGCAGGUGUUAUAAUGAUGGAAGAACAACUAAUUUUCGGGACUAGAUCCGAAAAUGUUGAACAAGCAAGAAAAAGCACUUAUACGACCACACCUAUGGCAAGCGUAAUGCACACUUUUGAUCCAUCAUCGCGCCUUAAAUCUGAAUCGGGACCACCUCCCCAAAAAAAGAGAUUUAGUGAUCUAAUGAAAAUAUCAGUGGGUUCAAUUCUGGGUGAAAUUGAUGAUUCAAACCAGUCGAAAAGAUGCAUGGACAAUAGCUUGCUUACCGCAGGAGGUGCUCGAAUUAUAGAAAUGUUGUCGUCCUUAAACAUCGAUCCUGAAACAAGUAAACUUUCUAUUUCAGGAAAUGAAGAACUUGUUAGCCUACAGAAAAUUUCAGUAGCUCCUAUUUUGGAUCAAGUAGCUUAUGAAACAUCAGUAGAAAAAAAAGAACUUGGUGGCCAACUUAAAAUAUCAAUGGCUCCUAUUUUGGAUGAAACCGAUCAUUUAGGUAGACGGAAAAAGUGCAUGGACAACAGCUUGAUUGCACCUAUAGGAACACAUUUGCCCUCAAUCACAGAAGCUGAUCAGCGAGAUGCUCAGCAGGAUGUGCCAGAAGAAAAUGUUCCACACAGCGAAUCAGUCAAGAUCUCUAUGAUGACUAAUAUGAAACAGUUGAAAGUAGAUUUGCUUGAUGAUGAAACGGAUGAAGAUAACUCUAUUUUGACGUAUGGUCAAAUUUUAACGACUUCUGAAUUCUUGAGAUAUCUUCGUCGAUUUAUCGAUUCAAAGGGCGUCUCGACAGUACUAUUUUCGGAAUUAGUUCGUGGUAGUUCUCGAAUGUGUGUGGUCAGAGCUUUUACUGCGUUGUUAAGUGCGUUAUAUUUUUUUAUUAUUCGAGUAGGGCAGUUAAAAAAUCCAGUUCAUUAUAAUGUUUUCAAAAUAUCGUUUUCGUAA